AAGAAAAAAAAAAAACACAUAAAAAGCAACGAAGAAAAGUUGAAGCUUUCUUCUUAUAACACAAAAACACACAUUAGGCUUCCGCCAUUGCUCUUCUUCUUCUUCUUCUUCACUCUUGCAGAGAGAACUCAAACCCUUAAAAGACUUCACCUUUAUCUCUCUCUCUCUCUCUCUGGUUUCAGAUGGAAGACGACGAUGAAUUCGGAGAUCUCUACACAGACGUUAUCCAAUCCUUCCAGUCAUCAUCCCAGCCGCCCUCCUCCGCUCCGGCGCCGCCGCAAUCGCUCCACCGUCCGAUCGAUCUCAACCUCAAGACCGAAGACGCCGACGACGAGAUCCUAGCCCCAGCUCCACCUCCUCGCUCCCACGAGUCCAAUCCCAAUUCGCAAACCCUAGCUCCCGAUUCGACCAGAGCCUCCGAUUCGGGCGGCGGUGCUAGGGUUUUGGAGGUGAAAGACGUCAAAUUGCAGAGUAAAGAUUCGGAUUUGACGGAAAAGGAGGUGAAUUUCGAUAUCGAGGAGGAGGGGAACAAUGGAAUUUCCGGUCUGGGAUUGGACGCCGUGAUUCCGGGUCUUUCGGCCGCCGCACCGGUGAAUAACACGGCGGCGAAUGUGGAGAACAACCCGGAAGGUUCGAGAAGGGACGGAGGCGGAGGCGGAGGCGGAGGCGAUGAUUGGGACAGUGAUGAUAGCGAGGAUGAUUUGCAGAUUGUGUUGAAUGAUAACAACCCAAUGGGGAUGGAGAGAGGCAAUGGCGAAGAGGAUGACGACGACGGGUUGGUUAUUGUGGCGGACAGUGAGCACAACGGGCCGGCGGAGGAGCAAGAGUGGGAAGAGGGGCAGCAGGGGGCGGCGGAGGGGGAGAGGAAGGAGAUGGGGGAGGCAGGGAAAGGCGGAGGAGGCGGUCCGGUGGUGGCUCCGAAAAUUGGGUAUAGCAAUCAUGGGUAUCAUCCAUUUCAUUCCCAGUUUAAGUAUGUGAGACCUGGUGCUGUGCCAAUGCCUGGACCAACAACUUCUGGUCCUGGAGGAGUCCCGGGUCAAGUUCGUCCACUUGUAAACAUGGGUCCAACACCUGGUCGAGGUAGAGGUGACUGGAGACCAACUGGAUUAAAAAAUGGUACUCCGCUGCAGAAAAAUUAUCAUUCGGGCUUUGGUACACCUGGUUGGGGAAACAAUAUGGGUGGUCGCGGUUUCGGGGGUGGACUUGAAUUCACACUUCCUUCUCACAAGACCAUAUUUGAUGUCGACAUUGACGGUUUUGAGGAAAAACCUUGGAAAUAUCCUGGUGUUGAUACUUCAGACUAUUUCAACUUUGGAUUGAAUGAAGAUAGCUGGAGAGAUUAUUGCAAACAGCUGGAACAGCUCCGCUUGGAGUCCACCAUGCAAAGCAAAAUCCGUGUUUAUGAAAGUGGACGAACAGAACAGGAGUAUGAUCCAGAUCUGCCUCCAGAAUUGGCAGCAGCAACUGGUAUGCAUGACUUUCCUGCUGAAAAUUCCAACCCUGGGAAGUCAGAGGGUGGGCAAAGUGAUUUUGCAAAAGGAUCUGCUCGCCUGCGUCCACCUAUUCCAACUGGAAGAGCAAUACAGGUGGAAAGUGGUUAUGGUGAACGUUUCCCCUCAAGUGAAAACCGGCCACAGCGAAUGCGUGACUCAGAUGCUGUCAUUGAAAUUGUCUUGCAGGACUCUUUAGAUGAUGAUUCUUCUGCAGGAAAUGGUAUCCCAGACGGAAGUGAAAACGAUCCUUCAAAGGAGGGUGGAAGUGCUAUUGGUGAGGGGGACCUUCCACAGGAUGACAAGGCCUACUUCAAUGGUUUUCCACAGGCUCACAAUAAUCGAAAGAGGGAUCCACUUGAAAGAAAAAAGCCAUUCAAUGAUAACGUGCCAGAAGAUGAUGAAAGCUUGCCCUUCCGUCCAGAAGGGCCAGUCCAACAUGCUGGUUCUGGGGACCAGACUCCCAGUUCUGCUGGUGGUAGUUUUGGAGAAAAUAAGGGGACACAGAGAAGAGCACGUGACAGAUCUCCUCGUUUGACUCCUAGCCGGAAUACAAGAGACAAGAAAUUUCCUGACAGUCAAAAGGAAGGAUCAGUGGAAAGCGUGGAUGGUAGACGUAGUCCGUUGAUCUCAUCUCCCGUCUCACAUGGGGCUGCCCGCGAGUCAAGUGUCGAGCAUAGAGGCGGUGACCAAGAUGAGACUCUGCUGGGUGAUGAAAGCUCUGGAAUGGAAAAGGAGGAAAUGGCUGCAAAUGUAACUGAUGAUAUCCAUGAUGGAGUUCCAAACUAUCAAAAGUUGAGUUCACGAGUUGACCAGUCUGCUGAUGAAGAACUUGAUGAUGGCGAAGACUCCAAGGCUGCAAGAAGUAGUGACAACAGCAAAGCAAGAUCAGGAAGCAGUAGAGAUUAUCAGAAGUGGAGGGAUGGGGUUGAGGAGGAAGUCAUUCAAGGACGUUCAGCUCACUCGGGAGGCAUCAAGAGUCACCUUGAUGAAAAGGAACAGGGAUUGCAAAGAAAAGGCCGUGAUGGUAGACAGGAACUGGAUAGAAGUCACAUGUUAGUCAAAGGGAGGGAGGGUUCUUAUCCGUACAGGGAUUGGGAUCCUAGCUCUGCUCAUCAUUUGCAAUUGAAAAAUGAUGGGCUUAAUAGGCGAAAAGAGAGGGAAAAUCUUGACGGAGCAUGGCAAAGGAGGGAUGAUGAUCCUUAUAGCAGAAGGAUUAGAACUGAAGAACCAAGGAAGAGGGAACGUGGUGAUGAAAUGGGAUCCAGGCACAGGAGUAAGGUUCGUGAAAGCGAGAGGAGUGACAAAGAUGAAUAUAUGCAGUCAAGAAAGCAGUUAGAUAAUGGCAGCUAUAGGGUCUUUUAUGAUAAGGAUGUUGGAUCACGACCCAGGGAAAGAGAAGAUAGUUUGAAGGGCAGGUAUGAACAUAUAGAUGAUUACCAUGGCAAGAGAAGGAAAGAUGAGGAAUACAUGAGGAGGGACCAAAUAGAUAAAGAAGAACUUCUGCAGGGCCACAGAGAUACUACCACUCGCCGAAAGCGGGAAAGGGAUGAAGUUUUAGAUCAGCGUAAAAGAGAUGACCAGCAGAAAGUCAGGGAUAAUCCUGAUGACCACCACUCUGUCAGGCACAAAGAUGAAAGCUGGUUGCCGAGGGAGAGAGGUGACAGACAAAGAGAAAGGGAGGAGUGGCAUAGGCUUAAGCAAUCCCAUGAAGAAAAUAUACCCAAGAGGGAAAGAGAUGAUGGACGAGUUUCUGUAAGGGGUGGGCGUGCUGCAGAAGACAAAGCAUGGGUAGGCCAUGCUAGGGCAAAGGAUGAGAACAAAGGCUCUGAUAAGGAGUACCAAUAUAAAGAGACUGUGCGACACAGUGAGCAGUCUAAAAGAAGGGAUAGGGUUGAGGAGGAAAGUUCACAUCAUAGGGGACGUGAGGAUGCUCAUGCACGGGGAAAUCAAAUGAAUAUUGAUGAGAGGAGAUCUGGCAAGGAGAGAUCAAGUACUCGCAGUGAACGUGGUGAUAGCCAAAAAGUCCAAGAUAGAAAACAUAAAGAGAAUUCAAGAAGGAAUAAAGAAACUGAAAUUGCUGAUAUCAACACUUCAGUCACUUCCAAGAGACAUCAAGAAGACCAAAGUGGUCGUAGCAAGGAGAUGGGCUUGAAAGGCACCCGUGAGCAAGGACCUGGUCACUCUUCUAAAAGGCACAGGGAAGAUGCUUCCUCUGAUGAUGAGCAGCAGGAUUUAAAAAAGGGGCGCUCCAAAUUGGAACGAUGGACAAGUCAUAAGGAGAGGGAUUUCAGUAUCAACAGUAAGGUAUCCUCUACCUUAAAGCUCAAAGAGCUUGAUAGGGGAUCUUCAGAUGCCAGUAAACUUCCAGAUGAUUCCAAGCCAGUUGAGGCUGUUGAUAACCAUCACCCGUUGGCCGAGGAGAAUGCUGGUGAUCAGGAUAUUAAGGAUGCUGACACAAAACCAUUAGAUACAGACACGGCAUUGGAGGGUCGUCACCUGGACACAGUUGAGAAGUUGAAGAAACGAAGUGAGCGCUUCAAGCUUCCAUUGCCAAGUGAAAAAGAACCAUCAACAAUUAAAAAGACUGAGACUGAAGUGCUGCCAGCCCCUAAUAGUGACCCUCCUGUGGUGGAAUCUGAGAUUAAACCAGAACGGCCCGCUCGGAAAAGAAGAUGGAUCAGCAACUAAAUCUAAAAUUGAAGAGCUAAGUUAGCUGGAUGGGUUGCUGUGGUACGAGGGAAGUUAUGCUCGACAUGAUGCUGGGUUAUUCAAUUCUUACCUCCAUGAGGGUGCAAUCAUUCAACCAGAAAUUUGUAGGGUUUUCCCCAAAAGGCGGUGUACCUCUGCAGUAGUAAUAUCAUUUUGUAAUCCUGCUGCCACUGUAUACUUAGUAAUGCUUUCCUUUGUAUAUACUGGUGAUUGUAACAUUGAACUGGUCACUGAUGGUGGCACAAGAUUGCUUUUCGAGACUAUUCAUGAUUGUAGUGCCCAGGUUCUAUCUGGCAUGCUUAGAGGUUCAUGUUGAAGCCAGGUACCCCGGAUUGAAAGCAAGUUGGAGGCUGUGAGGAUGUAGAAACCGAGCCGAGUUUGAAAAACUCGCUUGCGAAAGAGAAGCCUUUUCGAUGUGUUGGGAGAUCUCUACUAGACUGGAGGUGGUGGCAUAAUCAGCUUAUGUAUACUGUACUUUAGCAUCCUCUUUCUUUAAUGUGAUAAAAGAAAAAUAGUGCUUUAUACACAACAUUUGAAACUCAUUUGUAUUGUAGGAACAAAUGAGCUUUUAAAACUGCGGAUUAGUGUUAAAAGAAUGAACUAUAUUGAUACUA